AUGUCGAACGCGAUAGAGGAUCCCCGGGUCAGGGCGGCCAUUGAGCACUACCUGUUAGAUCUGGAGAACACCCAGCCGAAGAAUACGAAGCGAAAUUAUCGUCCCAAGCAGGAAGAAUGGAAGGAGUGGUGUCAAGCCAACUGGCCUGCGAUCCCGGACGUUUGGCCGGCCUCGGUACCACAGGGCCAACAGCUACCGGGAGACCUGGUCGAUGAAGGAAAGCUCUUGCUCUUCAUGAAGGAGGUAGUGGCAUCACGUCCUCCAAAGAAAGGAAAGAGGGUCGCCGAUGAAAGAAAACGACACCUCGAGGCUCAGGAAGCCAAGAGGGCCGUGAAAAGACGCAGAGCACCAUCAGAUACCAUCGUUGUAGGCGGCGGAGGUAGCGAAUACGAGUCAGACUCCGACUUGGAGUUGUAUGAGUCCACGCUCAAACUACAGUAUAAUACUGUACGGGGCUACGUCUCGGCCAUACAGAAGCUUUACGACGAGCAGAAGAGCCGGGAGUCAAUCCUGCGGCCCGGCCACAGGAGUGGCACUGAAGGCGCUCAAACGCAGCAUUCUUGCAACGACUUGGAGCCGGAAGAGGAAGGAAUACAUGGACAGGGAGUUGGAACUCUGAGAGAUGUGUAUGCGCCGGCGCAGAUACCCGACCACACCAACGUGGCAUGGUCCGAGAGGAGAGAGAUCGCCUGCGCCCUGAGGACGCAGGUGGACUUUCUGCUCGGGAACCACAUGCUGCUGCGGUCCGGCAACCGCCUGCCGAUGGAGUUGGCAGACUGCUUUCCCCUGGACUUACCCAACGAGGGCUUCAAGGCCCAGGGGUAUACCACAAAGGCGCUGGUUGUCGUGAUGAACUGUGGGAAGACCAACCAGCACGGCCGCAUGGAGUAUGGAUCUGCUUUGCGGCAUCGAGAUCCGCGAUCUUGUCUCAUCGGCGCCCUCGCGUUCUGGCUUUUCUGGCGCUGGCAGGUAGAAAAGGCGGAAAGGUUUCCCGUCUUCCAAAGAAGCGAAGACUGGUAUGAAACGAAGGUGCUCCGCCGAUCGGCGAAGGAGCCUCAAGCUCCGUUGUCGGGCCAGACUGCCCGAGAAUGGACGUCCAGGUUCUACAAGAAGGCCGGCAUCAAGGUCUCCAAGGUCAGCCACGCGCCUAGAGUGGCCGCGACGCAAAACGCCGACAUGGCCGGAGUGGAUGAAGGCCAGAUCCGCCGAGCCGGUCGUUGGAAUAACGGAGACCAAAUGACCGGCUGCUAUCUGACUUCCUGCCUUUCGAAUUCAUGA